AUGCGGCGCUCGAGUCUGCGGCCGCGGCAGAUCGAUGUACACGCGCGCAUGCGCAUCAUCCGCACGGAGGACGACCUGGAAGCGGAUGACGACGGCACGGGGGGCGCCACGCACCCACACGCGGUGUUCCAGCAGCUCGUGGUGAACCUGGAAGCUCGCCAGCAGGCAGGCAGCCAAUCGAAGCGCAAGAAGAAGGACAUCCCGAUCCCGGUUAUCCUGUCCGUGCCAACGUAUGAGACUGCGGUGCCGGCCGACUUCGAGGUGCCCACGUCCUACGUGAGAUUCCAGGCCCUGCCCAGGUCGGAUGAGGAUCCUGCAGGAUUGGAGUCCUUAGGUCCGGAGCCGCAGGACAUCGAGCUGGACCUGGGCCUGGAAGAUAUGCGUUGGCUGCGACGCCACCCCAAGUACGGCGUGGACGGAGACCCUCGCUACCAAUUGUCCCAGGAGCGGUUCGCCCAGAUGCUGGACGCGCUGGAGAAGGCGUCGGCGUUGCUGAACCCCAACGUCAUGACGCUGUCGGAGGCCGAGGACGUGUUCGCCAAGCGGCUGAACAUGCACAAGACGCCGCUCAACCGCGUCACGUGCGACGUGUACGCGUACUGGGCGGCCAAGCGCCAGAAGCUGCGGCGUCCGUUGCUGCGGCGCUUCUGGCCUCAGACGCCGUUGAACGACACCAACCCGCACGCUGUCUUCCGGCCGCGUGAGAAGGAGCGCUACAAGCUCCGGAAGCACCGCAAGAACGAUUUGGAGGGGUUCCGCAAGCUGCAACAACUGCGUGUGGACUUUGAACGUGUGCGACGGCUGAUGGAUCUUGUGCGCCGUCGAGAACGAGCCAAGCGACUACAGUUGGACUUUUUGGACGAGAUCCGGCGCCAGGCGGAGCAUGAACUCACGAAUCGCGGGCCGAAUGCGGUCGUCCGCAAGCCGGUCAUCCCAGUGGAUGAAGAGCGCGAGCGCCACAAGAAGAAGAAGAAGAAAAAGAAGAAACAUCGUGACAGUGAGAACGGCAUUGAAGGUCCUCAGAUCGCGCCGACAUUCAUGGAGUACGAUACCUCCACGAACUUUGUGAUGGAAGACGCGUCGGCAAUGACGGACACCGAUGGAUCACCAAGAGACUUGAGCGGCCCAGUGUACCCGUCGUAUCCCCUCUCGCCGUCUAAACUGAUGGCGGCAAUUUUCCAGCAGCCACCCAAGUACAGGUGCCGCGGACGUAUUGGUCGUGGUGGAAGGCUGGUGAUGGAUCGAAUCCCUGUGCCGUCUUCACGGUACUACGGCCCCAUCGAAACAAGCGCUCCGUCCCUGAAGCCCACUCAAAUGAGCUCAGCGCUAGCAUCCGCGAUCCAACAGAAUGGCGCAGCGGGUGUACCCUCCGCGAACUUGGAGGUCGGUGUUGCUGCCAACCAAGGGGCUGUCCUCGUUCAGGAGCUGUCCGUUAAACCGUUGAUGCACAAAAUCAACCAUUUAACGUCGAAGCGAUUGGACGAGAUCUACGGCAUGAGUGACAGCGAAGAUGAAUACCUCGAGCCUCUUUCUUCGUCAGUGUACGAGACGCCGACGCGCAAAUCUACAAGUGGUGGUAAGGGUGCUCACAGUACCCAAACAGGACCUGGACGGAAGGUGAAGUUCACCCUGGAUGUCUAA